AUUAACUGCCACAUGAAACCCAAUGACCUACUCCAAGAAUUUACUGAUUUUAGACGAAAACUAAAAGCUGAUAUUUAAAAAACUGAAUUUUCUAAAAGUCCAUCAAAAAAUUAUACUAAAACAUAGAGUUCACCUUAAAAGGCAAAUUCAGGUUUCAAAUAAAAAAUUAAUUUCUCAAAACACAGAAGUCAAUUACAAGAGAGAUGUAAUACAAUAUCAUCAACAUAAAAUUAAAACUAUUAUUCAUAGAUUUACAAUCCUUAAUUCUAAUGUAUAACACAUGAAAAAUUUAAUUCUCAGCAAUAAAAUAUGUAAUCACUAAAAUCAUCCAAAUUUACUAAUAAGAAAAAAUAGAAUAUAACUGAUAGAAUAUUGAGUUACACAUAAUUAAAUAAUUUUUGCUUUACACUUUAAUAGAUUUAAGAUGAAGAUAUUAGAGAAUUACCAAAUGAAUAUAAACAGCUUUUAAUAUAAUUAGCAUAAUUAAUAUAGGAAAAAAUUGGAGUAAAUGAUUUCUGA